AUGCACUACCAGAACUCGGGAUAUUCGCACGGUUGGUCCGGCGGUUAUCCUCCUCCUUCUCAUCAGGGAAGCUGGGGACCACCUCCCGGACCUCCGCCAGGACACCAGUACUCUCCUCCGCCCGGCCCUCCGCCAGGUCAUCAGUAUCCUCCGCCGUCCGGCCCGCCUCCGUCUCACCACUACUCCUCCUCCGGUGGGUAUCCACCCUACCCCUCCCCGGCCCCAUCCCCCUACGGCCACCCUCACACUCCGACCCCGCCACCGCAAUCCUCAUCCCCAGGCCACACCCGAUCCUACCACAGCCACUCCCAAUCAUGGGGCUCCCUCCCCCCCCGCCCGCCGCAGGAGGCCCAACAGUUCGGCAAGGGCGCCCCCUCCAACUACCGGUUCCAGUACUCGACCUGCACGGGGCGGCGCAAGGCGCUGCUGAUCGGCAUCAACUACAUCGGCCAGCCGAACGCGCUGCGCGGCUGCAUCAACGACGUGACCAACAUGUCGACCUUCCUGAACGAGAAGUACGGCUACCGGCGCGAGGACAUGGUCAUCCUGACGGACGACCAGAAGAACCCGAUGAGCGUGCCCACCAAGGCCAACAUCCUGCGCGCCAUGCAGUGGUUGGUCAAGGAUGCGCAGCCGAACGAUUCGCUGUUCAUUCACUUUUCGGGGCACGGAGGUCGUACGCCUGAUCUGGAUGGUGACGAAGAGGAUGGCUACGACGACGUAAUCUACCCUCUCGACUACCGCACCGCCGGCCACAUCGUCGACGACGACAUGCACGAUAUAAUGGUCCGCCCCCUCCAACCCGGCGUGCGGCUCACCGCGAUCUUCGACUCGUGCCACUCCGGCACCGCGCUGGACCUGCCCUACGUCUACUCGACGCAGGGGAUCCUCAAGGAGCCCAACCUGGCCAAGGAGGCGGCGAUGGACCUGUUCAGCGCCUUCCAGUCGUACGGCAAGGGCGACCUGAGCAGCGUCGCGCAGACGGCGAUCGGCUUCUUCAAGAAGGCGGCCAACGGCGACACCGCGCGCCAGCGCACCAUGCAGACCAAGACCUCCCCGGCGGAUGUGGUGAUGUUCUCCGGGUCGAAGGACACGCAGACUUCGGCCGAUACCUUCCAAGACGGCGAGGCGCGCGGCGCGCUGAGCUGGGCCUUCAUCAAGACGCUCCAGCAGCGGCCCAACCAGAGUUACCUGCAGCUGCUGAAUUCCAUCCGCAACGAGCUGGAGGGCAAGUAUACGCAGAAGCCGCAGUUGAGUUGUAGUCAUCCGCUUGGUGAGUGGUCCUAG